AAUUGAGUAUUUUUGUUCUUACAGUACUAAUUACUUUUAGUAAUGGGUGCUGCUCGAUAAUCGUGACCAGGUGCGAUCGAUUAAUGGUGCUUCUUCUUCUUCUUCUUUAAUGGGUACUUCUUCUUCUUCAAUGGGCACUUCUUCUUCUUCAAUGGGUGCUUCUUCUUCUUCUUCUGGUCGAUUAAUGGGGGGUUCUUCGUAUUCUUCUUUUUCUCUUCUUACAUUACUUUUAGUCAUGGGUGCUGCUCGAUCCAGGCGCAAUCGAUUAAUGGGGGGUCGAUUAAUAGGGGGUUCUCCUCCUCCUCCUCCUCCUCCUCCUCCUCCUGCUUCUCCUCUUCUACUUAUAUUACUUUUAGUAAUGGGUGCCGCUCGAUCCAGGUGCGAUCGAUUAAUGGUGGGUUCUUCUUCUUCUUCUUCUUCUUCUUCUUCUUCUGGCCUUGGUUGGAAAUACGAUGUGUUCAUCAAUUUCAGAGGGGAAGACACUCGCAGGGGCUUCGUCAGCCAUCUGUACAGAGCUCUGCGUCAGAAACCACUCAACACCUUCAUUGAUACCGAAGAUCUCAGAAAAGGCGACCGCCUUUCCGAGCUCCUGACAGCGAUUCGAGAGUCAAGGCUUUCGAUUGUAGUUUUCUCUCAAAACUAUGCUUCUUCCACUUGGUGCUUGAAAGAACUCGUCGAAAUCUUGGAAUGCAAGGAUACCAAGAACCAAAUUGUGGUCCCCAUUUUCUACGAAGUCGAUCCUUCCGAUAUUCGUAAACUCAAAGGAAGUUUUGCAGAAGCUUUGCCUAAACAUGAACGCUGCCAUUCUAACGUUGAUGUCCAGAGCUGGAGGUCUGCUCUUGCCAGAACUAUCGACUUAUCCGGUUGGGAUUCAUCAAAGUAUAAGGAUGAUGCAGAGCUUAUUGAGAAAAUUGUAGAAGAUGUUUUUCGGAAAUUGAUCCCCAUCUCAUCAACAUCAACCAAAGAUAAUGACUUGGUUCAAAUGGAUUCUCAUAUGUGUGAAAUGCGUUCAUUAUUAUAUCCUCCUGGAGUUGAAACGAAUGAUGUUCGCGUUGUUGGAAUAUGGGGUAUGGGUGGUUUAGGCAAAACAACCAUCGCCAGAGCUGUUUUUGAUGAAAUCGCUUGUCAGUUUGAAGCUUGUUGCUUUCUUGAAAAUGUGAAGGAAGGUUUCAUGAAGCAUGGCGAACUAUAUAUGCAGACACAACUUCUAUCUAGUAUCUCGAGCAACAAGGUGGGGAGUUGCGACAUAUCGGCUAAAGGUUACCAAGUGAUGUUAAAAAGCCUUGGUCAAAGAAAAGUUGUUGUUGUUGUUGAUGAUGUAGACGAAUUAGCUCAAAUUGAAGCCUUACUCGGAAAUAAGGGUUCUUUUGGUGGUGGAAGUAGAAUUAUUAUAACAACUAGAGAUUUGCAAUUACUAAGCGGAACUGAUGCGAUAUAUAAGCCCAAGAUUUUCAGUGAACCGGAAGCUCUAGAACUGUUUAGGCGUUACGCCUUUAGAACAAACCAACCCACUAGAGAUUAUGAUGUUCUCACGAGGCGUGCCGUAAAUUAUGCUCAAGGUCUACCUCUAGCACUCAAAGUCUUGGGAGCUUCUCUUUAUAACAAAACCAUACGUGAGUGGAAAGGUGUCUUAGAAAAAUUAAAGGAAGUCCCACUAGGAAGGAUUAAUGAUGUGCUUAGAACAAGCUUCGAUGAACUAGAUCGUAAAGAGAAGAACAUCUUUCUAGAUAUUGCAUGUUUUUUCAAAGGAAUGAAAGAAGACUAUGCAACCGAAAUCCUGGACAGUUGUGGUUUUUAUCCUCAUGCUGGUAUAGGAGUUCUAAUCGAUCGAGCUCUCAUAACUGUCUCAGUGAAUGGGGAACUGGGGAUGCAUGAUUUACUAGAGGAAAUGGGUCGAGAAAUAGUUCGCCAAGAAUCUAUCGAAGAGCCUGGGAGACGAAGUAGGUUGUGGAGUUAUGAAGAUGUUUAUCGUGUGUUAACUCAAAAUACGGCUACACAAGCAGUUCAAAGCAUAAUCCUGGAAUUGUCGUGCUCAGAUGAGGUAUGCUUCAAUGCUGAAGCUUUUGUUAGUAUGACUCAACUAAGACUUCUCAAGAUCAGUGAUGAAUUCUCCAUUUUUACACAUGAUUACUGCAAACAACGCCUGAUUGGGCCCUUAAAGUUUCAUUCUCAUGAGUUGACGUGUCUCUCCUGGGCUGGUUUCCCCCUUCAGUCUUUACCAUCCAACUGUCUAUUCACAAAUCUUGUUGACCUUGAUAUGCAAUCUAGUCUCAUUGACCGACUUUGGGAAGGAACCCAGACGCUGGAAAAGUUGAAAUUCAUCAAUUUAAGUUAUUGUCAAUGCCUUAAGGAAACCCCUGACUUCACAAAGAUGCCAAAUCUUGAGAAGCUAAUUCUUCAAAGUUGUAUAAGAUUAGCUGAGGUUCACCCGUCCAUUUGGACUCAUACAAACCUUGUUUUAUUGAAUCUGAAGGGGUGCCAAGAACUUAAGAGUCUUCCAAGCAGCAUUCAUAUGAAAUCUCUCAAAAGACUUGAUCUUUCUGACUGCUCGAGUCUUGAGAUGUUUCCAGAUAUUCCAGAAGUUAUGGAGGAACUAUCAUGGCUUAGUUUUUCCGGGUCAAAAAUUAAAGAACUGCCCUCGUCAAUUAAUAAUCUCACGGGAUUGACCGAGUUGAUCUUAGAAGAUUGCAAGGAACUUAAGAGUCUUCCAAGCAGCAUUCAUAUGAAAUCUCUCCGAAGACUUGAUCUUUCUGGCUGCUCGAGUCUUGAGAUGUUUCCAAAGAUUCCAGAAGUCAUGGAGGAACUAUCAUGGCUUAGUUUUUCCGGGUCAAAAAUUAAAGAACUGCCCUCGUCAAUUAAUAAUCUCACAGGGUUGAGCAUGUUGAGCUUAAAAGAUUGCGAGGAACUUAAGAGUCUACCAAGCAGCAUUCAUAUGAAAUCUCUCAAACAUCUUCAUCUUUCUGGCUGCUCGAGUCUUGAGAUGUUUUCAGAGAUUCCAGAAGUCAUGGAGGAACUAUCAUGGCUUAGUUUUUUCGGGUCAAAAAUUAAAGAAUUGCCCUCGUCAAUUAAUAAUCUCACGGGAUUGACCGACUUGAUCUUAGCAGAUUGCAAGGAACUUAAGAGUCUACCAAGCAGCAUUCAUAUGAAAUCUCUCAAACAUCUUCAUCUUUCUGGCUGCUCGAGUCUUGAGAUGUUUUCAGAGAUUCCAGAAGUCAUGGAGGAACUAUCAUGGCUUAGUUUUUUCGGGUCAAAAAUUAAAGAAUUGCCCUCGUCAAUUAAUAAUCUCACGGGAUUGACCGAGUUGAUCUUAGCAGAUUGCAAGGAACUUAAGAGUCUUCCAAGCAGCAUUCAUAUGAAAUCUCUCCAAAGCUUUGAUCUUUCUGGCUGCUCGAGUCUUGAGAUGUUUCCAGAGAUUCCAGAAGUUAUGGAGGAACUAUCAUGGCUUAGUUUUUCCGGGUCAAAAAUUAAAGAACUGCCCUCGUCAAUUAAUAAUCUCACGGGAUUGACCGAGUUGAUCUUAGAAGAUUGCAAGGAACUUAAGAGUCUUCCAAGCAGCAUUCAUAUGAAAUCUCUCCGAAGACUUGAUCUUUCUGGCUGCUCGAGUCUUGAGAUGUUUCCAGAGAUUCCAGAAGUCAUGGAGGAACUAUCAUGGCUUGGUUUUUCCGGGUCAAAAAUUAAAGAACUGCCCUCGUCAAUUAAUAAUCUCACGGGAUUGACCGACUUGAUCUUAGCAAAUUGCAAGGAACUUAAAAGUCUUCCAAGCAGCAUUCAUAUGAAAUCUCUCCAAAGCCUUGAUCUUUCUGGCUGCUCGAGUCUUGAGAUGUUUCCAGAGAUUCCAGAAGUCAUGGAGGAACUAUCAUGGCUUAGUUUUUCCGGGUCAAAAAUUAAAGAACUGCCCUCGUCAAUUAAUAAUCUCACAGGGUUGAGCAUGUUGAGCUUAAAAGAUUGCGAGGAACUUAAGAGUCUACCAGGCAGCAUUCGUAUGAAAUCUCUCCAACACCUUGAUCUUUCUGGCUGCUCGAGUCUUGAGAUGUUUCCAGAGAUUCCAGAAGUCAUGGAGAAACUAUCAUGGCUUAAUUUGUCCGGGUCAAAAAUUAAAGAACUGCCCUCGUCAAUUAAUAAUCUCACAGGGUUGAGCAUGUUGAGCUUAAAAGAUUGCGAGGAACUUAAGAGUCUACCAAGCAGCAUUCGUAUGAAAUCUCUCAAUUCCCUUAAUCUUUCCGGCUGCUCGAGUCUUGAGAUGUUUCCAGAUAUUUCAGAAGUUAUGGAGAAACUAUCAUGGCUUAAUUUGUCCGGGUCAAAAAUUAAAGAACUGCCCUCGUCAAUUAAUAAUCUCACGGGGUUGAAUCAUUUGGUCCUAGUAGAUUGCAAGGAACUGAAGAGUCUUCCGAGCAGCAUUCGUAUGAAAUCUCUCAAUACCCUUAAUCUUUCCGGCUGCUCGAGUCUUGAGAUGUUUCCAGAGAUUUCAGAAGUUAUGGAGAAACUAUCAUGGCUUAAUUUGUCCGGGUCAAAAAUUAAAGAACUGCCCUCGUCAAUUAAUAAUCUCACGGGGUUGAAUCAUUUGGUCCUAGUAGAUUGCAAAGAACUUAAGAAUCUUCCAAGUAGCAUUGGGUUUUGGGUAAAACCCAAAACAGAGCUGUUGUGAAAAUUUGACGCGUGUACAACCCCAAUUUCCAGGGGUUUUGGGUACACUCUGCUGAUAAACACAUGGAUACGAAGCUCUGUUUUGAAGCAAUCAGUUGGUCACUACGCCACAUGCGGCGGCCUUCAAUUGGUUAUUGUGAUUAUGUCGCGAGGGAGAGAUUUGUGCCUGUGCAGAAACUGUGAAGCUAUUGCUGUCUAUGUCAAUUCCCGUUGCUAACUUGCUAAUGCCACCGGUGCUCCUCCAAUUUGGAUGAAAGCGUUGUUGCUGGGAAGAUUGUGAUUUGUGACAGUGGUAUUAGGCCUAGAGUGCAGGAGGGACAUGAGGUGAAAGAUGCAGGAGCCAUUGGUAUGAUUUUGGCAAACACAACUGCUAAUGCAGAACAAAUGUCUCUAUUUUGACUCUUCAUACAACUGUCACUAAUGUUGGCUCCGCGGUUUCGAAUUACCACUCCGUAGUUUCGCAGUUCAAAGGUGCUUAGUGAAAGUCGAGCCUCAGACGUUUAACUUCACCAGAGCAAACCAGAAGCUAUCUUAUAAGAUCACCUUACCAUGAAAUCCCAGCAGGCGGUUCCAGAAUUCGGAGGGUUGGUGUGUGGAAGGAUGGAGUGCAAAGGUCCUUGCAGUACAUGAGGCUAGUCAAUCAUCGUUUACAUAGUACUUUCUGCGAUCUAUCCCGUGCAUGUUAAUGGCUGCUGCUGCUUCUUUGUCUUCAUCCGACAGUCAUUGGAAAUACGAUGUGUUCCUGAAUUUAAGAGGACUCAAGGCUGCUGCUUCUUCGUCGGCCAUCUCAACAAAGCUCUGGAUCAGAAAGCAGUCAACACCUUCAUUGACGCCGAAGAGCUUCAAUAGGCAACGACCUUUCGGAGCUCCUGGCAGCUAUUUGCAACUCAGGCUUUCGAUCCAGAUAAUGGAAUGUGUGGAUGCACACGAGCAGAUAGUGGUUCCUGUUUUAUACAGAUCCGGACUGGAUCGACUCCGAUAUUCGAAAACAGGAAGUUUUGCAGAAGCCGUGAACGUCGUUAUAAUGCUGGCGUGAAGGAGGUGCAGGACUGGAUGUCCGCUCUUGUUAGAGCCAUCAUUUAUUCGGUUGGGAUUCGCAAAAUUAUAAGGAUGAUGCCAAUUUGAAGCUUUGACUCUUUUGUGAUGAAAUCGCUUGUCAAUUUGAAGCUUGCUGCUUUCUCGAAAAUGUCAAGGAAGGCUUCUCGGAUAAUGGUGCUGUACAUCGCUUCAGAUAACCACUCCUCUGCUAGGCAGCGUUUGGAAUGGCCGAGAGCGGACCUUUUUGGGAGCCACGACUCCAACAGUUUGGAAGAUAUCUUGAGAAAAGGUUUUAGCACCGGUGCACCCAUGCAGGAACUGCUUCUUUCUAGGUUCUUGAUGAAGUUGAAAAAUUAUCCCAAAUUGAAGCCUUGCUUGGAAAGCAGCUUUCAUUUGGUGGUGGAAAUCAGGUAUUUGAGGCCGAAUUACAUUGGGCCUUUGCGUCUGAUAAGCCCAGUAGCCCAAAAUUAAUUGGGUGUUUAAUGGCCCAUGUGAAAGCCCACAAUUGGGGCAUGUGAUUAGCUUUGUGCUUUGUAUAAAGAGGAAAUUAAUCACUGUAUUUCCUUCUCUA